GCGUCUCUGACUCCGCAACGUCGGGAACGCGCCAGUCUUCUGCCUCUUGCAGUAGCGGUGUUUCGUCACUGCACUGCACGGCUCGCUUGUCGACGGUCACCGUGCAGCCAUGACGGCACUGAGUAAGAUACCACACAGCUGCUAUGAGAUUGGGCAUACAUGGAACCCGUCCUGUAUUAUGUCAACGCUGGAGAUCACGGCCGGUGCUCUGGAGGUCUCUUUCAAGAUCUAUGCACCUCUUUACCUGAUAGCAGCUAUCCUGCGAAGGAGAAAGAAGGACUAUUAUGUGAAGAGGCUCCUUCCUGAGAUCCUCCAGUCAACAUCCUUCCUCACUGCUAAUGGAGGGCUCUACAUUGCCUUCUUCUGUAUACUUAGGAGACUCCUGGGUGGUUUUACUUCCUGGUCAGCUGGCUUUGGAGCAGCUUUGCCUGCUUCAUACAUCGCUAUCCUGAUGGAACGGAAGAGCAGGAGAGGUCUGCUGACUAUCUACAUGGCCAACCUGGCAACCGAGACAUUGUUCCGUAUGGCCGUCACACGAGGCAUCGUCAACCCCCUCAAACACGGGGAGGUGCUGCUGUUCUGUUUGACAGCAUCUCUCUACAUGUUCUUCUUCAGGAGUAAAGAUGGACUUAAAGGAUUCUCCUUCUCAGCACUCAAGUUCAUCGUAGGGAAGGAAGAGAUUCCUACACACUCGGUCCUGUCAGAACACAACUACCCACAACCUCUGGAUAUACCAGUCCACACAGAGAUGCAGAGGUCACCGGGGUCAACAGGAAGCCCCUCCUCCGGCAGGAAGUCCCUUGUAGCACUUACCAGGAGGCUGCUGGAAUCAAUAUGCAAACAAGGUCCCAGACAUCGAUGCUGUAAACACUAUCAGGACAACUGCAUCGCUUAUUGUGUCAAGGGCUUCAUCCGAAUGUUUAGCGUGGGCUACUUGAUCCAGUGUUGUCUGAAGGUUCCCUCAGCGUUCCGCCAGAUGUUCAGUAAACCCUCUCGCCUCCCCUCACUCUUCUACAACAAAGAGAACUUUCAGCUAGGGGCGUUUCUAGGGUCCUUUGUCUCUAUAUACAAGGGGACCAGCUGCUUGCUCCGCUGGGUACGUAACCUUGACGAUGAGCUCCACGCCCUAAUUGCUGGGUUCCUAGCUGGCACCUCCAUGUUCUUCUACAAAAGCACAACAAUCUCCAUGUAUCUGUUCUCCAAGCUAGUAGAGACGAUGUACUUCAAAGGCAUUGAGACCGGACGUUUCCCAUACUUCCCCCACGCUGACACCCUGAUCUACGCUGUCUCCACUGCCAUCUGCUUCCAGGCUGCGGUGAUGGAGGUCCAGAAUCUCAGACCCUCCUACUGGAAAUUCCUCCUCCGACUCACCAAGGGCAGGUUUGACUUUAUGAACAGGAAGGUGCUGGAUGUGUUUGGAACCCAGGCUUCCAGAGACUUCCAUGGCUUCUUGCCCAAACUGGACCCCCGCUACAUCAUCACCCCCACCUUGACCCCUGGAACGGACAUCGUUUUGGGUUGACUCCACGCUGUCAGGGGACCAGCCAGGGUCACAUUGUCCCCUCUGGUUCUCUGGCUACAUCCCAAAUGGAACCCUUCCCUAUGUUCUGCACUACUUUGACCAGGGCUUCCAAGGGCUUCCAAGGGCUUGGGCAAAAGAUAGGAUGGAGGAAUUCGUUUUGGGUGUCCAUCAGUGUUAGCUCCUCCAUGUGAAACCCCGUCUGGAUGGUUGUCACUACAUAAGGCAUUCAUAAGGCGGUUAACCCAGCUCAUAGAGGGCAGAUGGCGUUGUAUAUAAUGAGGGGGG